ACUAUAAGUUUUAAUACCUUUCCUUGAUAAUAUUUUUUAAAAAUGAAGGAAAUUCCUCUUUCGAAUUGUGAACAAAAUUUUACAAAUAAAUGUAUAGAAGAAGAAACGAGAUUAGAUGGUCGAAAAUUAUUAGAACCACGUUCAGUAAGAAUUUUCUUUGGCUCUAAGUGGGGAUGUUGCAUGGUAUCUCUUGGACACACAAGAGCAGUAGCACAGGUAUCAUGUGAUGUACAACAACCGAAAGCAUCUCGUCCUAAUGAAGGCACGAUACGCAUAAAUGUCGAACUUACUCCUUUAGCAGCACAACAUUUUGAAGGUGGCAGACUGUCCGAAGCAGCUAUAUUGAUCAGCAGACAGCUGGAAAAAUGUUUUAAAGAUUCAAAAUGUAUAGACUUAGAAUCUCUCUGUAUAGUAGCUGAUAAGAAGGUAUGGAAUUUGAGAAUUGAUAUUAAUAUCAUAAAUCAUGAUGGAAAUCUUGUGGAUUGUGCUUCUAUAGCAACGCUCGCAGCUCUUAUGCAUUUUCAUAGGCCAGAUGUCACAUCUACUGGCGAAGAAAUUAUCAUACAUCCAGCUUCCGAGAAAGAUUUUCUGCCAUUAACAUUGUUCCACUAUCCAGUCUGUAUAUCUUUUAUAACUUUUAAAAGUGGCAACACUAUAAUGGAUCCUACUUAUACAGAAGAAAGAGUUGGUGUCGCUCAACUUACUCUCGGCAUGAACUCUUAUAGAGAACUUUGUAGCUUGCAUUUCGAUUAUUUAACAAAAACCAUGACAGUCAAAGACGUCAUAUCCGCUGUUUCUAAUGAUGCAGCUAAUUAUGCAACAAAAUUAGUACAGCAAAUCAAGGAAGCAGUAAUCAAGGAUGUGCAAUCAAGGUACAAAAAAGAUGACAGCAACAUAUCUAGAUUUAAAGAAAGCAUUCAAGUUAAUAAAUUAACGACAACAAUUGGCAAUAACAUUAGCAUUAAAUUACGUAAAUGGGACGCAAUGGAUAUAAUCGAAGAUAAUUUCAUGGAAAUAGAGAAUGAGGAAAAAAGUCGUAUUAUAAAAUAUGAAGAAGGAUCUGCUGAAUUAAUACCCUUUUCCAACGAUUCAAUUAAGAAAGAAUAUUUUAAUACAUAUAGCUCUGAUUCAGACAAUGACAUUUUCGUCAAAUCACCAAAUCCAGAAAAAAAAGAUAUAGACUUAGUAUACUUAACAGAUAGCGACUAGAUUUUAAAAUAUAUAUUUUUGAAAGAUUAAAUGAGCUCAAUCUAAAUUUUUAUUCUAUAA